AUGAAGACCUCACUGCUGGCCAUCUUGUUGCUUGGUCUCGUGGCUACGCUACAGGCUCAGGAUCCCUUGUCCUUCCAGCCAGAGCAGGGAAAUGUGAGGGCUGCAGGCCCUUGUGCCAGGGUUGUGGGAGAAAAGCUGGCCUGGGUCACGCCGGGCUCAUGGCUCAGCCCGUUCCAGUUCACAGGGACCUGGUAUUUGAAGGCUGCAGUGGCCAAGAAGACCCCACCAGAGAGGAAGAAGCCCUAGAGAAUGUUUCCCAUGACAGUGACAGCCCUGGAAGGUGGGAACUGGGAGGCCAAGAUCACCUUCAAGUGAGUGGGUCAGUGCCAUGAAAAGAAAAUUAUGAUGCAGAAAACCGAGGAGCCUGGCAAAUAUAGUGCAUUUCAGGGCAAGAAGCUCAUCUAUGUAGAGAAGAUGUCUGUGGAGGACCACUACAUCUUCUAUUGUGAAGACCAGCGCUUUGGGAAAACUUCUGCCAUGGGAAAGCUCAUGGGGAGGACCCCUGAGGAAAACCCAGAGGCUCUGGAAGAAUUUAAGAAAUUCAUGAAGCGCAAGGGACUCCCGCAAGACAACAUCAUCAUCCCAGAGCAGAAGGGGACACCAGAACCCCGCUUUGGGUCUUGGUCAGGAGAUGGGUGA